UCACUCAAUUUUUCUUUUUUGGGUUAUUCCACCACAUUACCUUCCCAAAAUGUGUUCUCUACAUUCUCUAUUGAGGUUCAGCUACCUCCUCAUAUUCUUCACACUCCUUUCUUCCAAUCCAACCCUGCAAACAACUCUAAUCUCCCCAGUUUCAAAGGACAAACACACAAACCUCUUCACUCUCUCUGUCUACCUCAAAACCCCACUUCGCCCUACAAAGCUCUUCCUUGACCUCUCCUUCCUAUUUCCAUGGACAGUUUGCAAUGCCUCCACCUACAACUCCUCCUCCUACCGCUACAUCGAUUGCGGCACCGAUUUCUGCGAAACCCUUGGCUUCGGCGGCCACGCAUGCGGUAAUUGCAUCGAUACAAGCUUGCCGGAUAAAAACUGCAUACCAGUAGACAACCACAUGGUAUGCGGUUCUUUUCCGGAAAACCCAGUAACAAGAGACUCGUACGCAAAUGAUGUAUUAAUUGACACGCUGGCACUUCCUAAAGCUGACGUGUCAACUCAAACUCAACUCUUUUCUCUCUCUAACUAUACCUUCUCUUGCGCUCCCUCUAGUAUAGUCAAAGGUUUACCAAAAGGUGUUACGGGAUUAGCAUCAUUGGGCCGGUCCAAACUCUCGAUUCAGGCCCAAAUAAGUGCGGCUUUUUCUACACCAAAUUCUCUCGCGAUUUGCUUUCCCGGUUCAUCCAAAUCUACCGGGGUCGCUUUCUUCGGGUCGCGUGGGCCAUACUACGCAUUUUCUCAUUCCAAUAAAAUCGAUAUCGCAAAAUUCCUUCUUUAUACUCCUCUCAUUGAGAAUCCAGUCAGUUUAGGAGAUACGGAAAUUAACUACGAAACCCCAUCUAAUCAGUAUUUCAUUGGUUUGACUUCUAUCAGAGUCAACGGAAAGCAAGUCCCAAUCAAUAGCUCUCUACUAACUAUCAACAAAGAAAACGGUUUUGGUGGAACCAAGAUUAGUAGUGAUGUUCCAUAUGGUGUUCUAGAAUCUUCCAUUUACAAGGCCUUCACGAAGUUGUUUGUAAAGGAAACAAGCUCUUCUAGAUUUAACCUCACAACAAUAUCUACUCUUGUAAAGCCGUUUAGUGUAUGCUACUCUGCGGAAAGGGUCAUGGUAGCAAACGGUGGUCCUCUGGUGCCUACCGUUGAUCUUGUAUUGCACAGGGAUGAUGUGGUUUGGAAGAUUGGUGGGUCAAAUUCAAUGGUGAGAGUUACGGAUAAGAAGAAAAAAUUGGAUGCGUGGUGUUUGGGUUUUGUGGAUGGUGGAGUGAAUAAUAAAACUUCAAUUGUGAUUGGAGGGAAGCAACUUGAAGAGAAUUUUGUGCAGUUUGAUCUUGAGGCUAAUAGAUUUGGAUUUAGCUCUUCACUUGCGUCUCGUUCUCUUUCAUGUGCUGACUUUAAGGUCGUUGACUUUGCCAAGUAAUGUGUUACAAUGUAAUUUUUUUUUCCAAAGCAAUAUUCUAAUGUUGUCGUGGUUUUGUUUUUGUUUGGAAAGAAGAUAUGUGUUAUUUCGUUCACUCAUCUGGCUAUGAGCAACUUUAGAGCUUUCAAAAUGUGUAAAAAGUCAAUUAUUAAUUCUCCCACUUUA